UGUGACAACGCUCUCUGGUGGCCAUGUUUUUUGACGGAUCAGAAUAGCUUGAACAAUAACUGUAAAAUGUUACGCAAUGACAAUUUGUGUAAUAUUAUUUCAAAAUUAGGCCAGCAGUUUCACACACGAAUAUUUUAAAGUUUUCUACUAUAUAGAUAUAGGGUAAAGUGGCCACGCCCCCUGAAGGCCAUGCUUUUGAUGAAUGGAAAAAAAUCUUUAUAGAAGGUAACAUAAGGACCAUUUGUGUGAAAUUAUUUUAAAAUCGGACUAGAGGUUUAGGUUUUCCGUUUGUAGUUCUGGCGGCCACUAUGUGCAACCAAGCGGAACGGUUUGAAAAACUUUUGUAGAAGACCACCAAAGAAACAUCCAGGCCAAAUUUCAUUAAAAUCAAUUCAGUGGUUUUGGAGAUUUCAUUUUAAGAAAUUGUUGACGUCGGACGGACGGACGGACGGACGCACGCACGACGAAAGACAGACACAGAGAUCACAAUAAGUUACCAUGAGCUAAAAAGGCAAGGUAGUUAUAAUUAUCUUGCCGUUUGUAACUGGAUUGACAAUGAAAAUGAUAUAUUCCACGAAACAGGUAGAAAGUGAGAGGUUCCCAGCGUGUGCGGGCGUUUUCAUUGCAAAGAAGGGCUCAGUCAGUAGUAUAUUGAAAUUCAUUAAAUUUAACCAUUUUUAGUCUUCUUAUAUGAUCUAAAGUUUCAUAUUUAUGUAUCACAACUUAAGUAGUAAUGACAUUAAAUUAUUUCUAUUAACAAUUAUAACAAACAUUCAGAACAUAUAUACUGUUAGAUUUAGUGAUGAUAGGCCCACAGCUUGAAGUACAUGAAGUGUAACAGGAAGUAACAGGAAGUAAGAUUUUCAUCACUUUAGUACAAUAUUUUUACUGAAAUACAAAAUUCUUUCUUUUGAAAUGGCUACUGAAUAUAUAAAUGAAAGUUUUACAGGAAAUGACAGUAUAACAGAAAAGGGCAUCGUCACAGAAACGGAUAUAAAAACUGAUGUGUAUGAAUCGCUACAGAAAACUAAGGAUUGCGAGUUAUAUGAGGCAUUAGAAAAGAGUAAAACAAACCAGGAUGUUGACACCAAGCGAUGUAAAGCUAUCUCACAGAGGAAAAUAAUAUAUGUUUUACUGAUUUUCCUGUCGGCUACAGUCAUUGUGACACUAAUUGGCGUUAUCAUUCUAUUCGCUUCUACUACUAAAACAGAUGGAAGCUGGGAAAGCUGGCAGAUGUGGACUAACUGCAGUGCUGUCUGCGGUGGUGGUUUCAGAACAAGGUCAAGGACUUGUUCAAAUCCAACACCGUCUCCUUUUGGCAGAUAUUGUCAAGGAAACCCCAUUGAUAUCGAGUCGUGUGAAAACGACAAUUGUGAUGUGUGUCAGUCUAGACCAUGCCAUGCCGGUAUCUGCAUAUCAAAAGGGGAACAUUUUAAUUGCGUAUGUCUGUCUGGUUAUACAGGACGUUUCUGCGAAAAUAAUAUUGAUGACUGCAGCUCAGUUACGUGUGGUAAUGGAACAUGUAUCGAUGGUAUUGACGAGUACCGUUGCUCGUGCAAGGAAGGAUUUGGUGGAACCUACUGUGACCAGGUAAAAACAGACGAUUGCCUUGACAUUUUACGGUACGGUGGAAAUAGAGAAGACGGUAUUUAUGCAAUCAGAACAUGGAAAAGUCGUCAGCUUAUUAAAGUAUAUUGCGACAUGACAACUGAUGGAGGUGGUUGGACGGUGUUCCAGUACCGUUUUAAUGGAUCAGUGGAUUUUUACAGAAAGUUUUCUGAGUAUGAGCAAGGAUUUGGAAAUUUGAAAUCUGAAUUUUGGCUGGGUCUGAGGUACAUUAAACAGUUGGCUGGUCAAGGACGUACUGAUCUACGGAUCGAUUUAGAAGCAGCAAAUGGAACAAGAGGAUUUGAAACAUUCAACAAUUUCUCUCUUUCCGCUGGACCGGCGUAUACACUACAUAUUGGAUCAACUAUAGAUUCUUCGAGAAUUUACAGCAACAACAGGUUCGGUCCAUACCACAAUGGCAAGGAAUUUUCAACUUAUGAUCAAGGCGGCCACUGUCCUAUUGAUUGCCACGGUGCCUGGUGGUAUAACAAUUGCUUUGAGGCCAAUCUCAAUGGAAAGUACUUGACACCAGGGACAAACGACGUUCAGUCUAUGAAUUACGAAAGCUUCUUAGGUUUACAUUACGUUUCAUUGAAAUCCAGCAAGAUGAUGAUGAGAAGAAAAUGAAAUUCGUAAUAAUCAAGAGUGAGGUUCAAAUUGUAGGUGGUUCACGUUUGUAUUUACUUACUCCCAAAAGCUUCACUUAACUGCCUGAUACAUAUAUAAGGAUUUUUUCAUUUCUUGUAGCAAUCUGUAUGUACAUAUUUUCGUGUAAGUGUAAUCCUUGUUUAAUUUUUGUUCAAUGUAGCUAUACAAUAUGCUACGUGUAGGCUUGGUAUAAACACAUUCAACAGGAUACAUUUAUAUUUAAUGACAUAUGUUGUAUCAAGUCGCUGUUGCUCUGUGUAAAACACGUCUCAUUCGUUUAUGUACCUUUCUUUCCAUCGAAUGGUAAGAAAAUGAAAUAUUUACCGACUGCUCUACAUUCGAAAUAUUUGUUUCAAUAUAACUGCAAAGAAAAUUAAUACAUCAAGGCCUACACUAUACUGUAAAUAGUAUCACAGUCUGUGCAAGAAUGAAACAAUACGCUUAAGACUGCUAUUCAGUGUGCGAAAAGCGCCAUAUAAGCAUUAUAAUAUAUACUUAUUUAAUAAAUAUGUUUAUCAGUUUAUUUUCAAUGAAAUUUGAAAAUGUCGAGAUUUUUCCAUAUUGACAUUCAAAGUUUUAUACUUGGUAUGGCGUCAGGUUCAUUUAUGCCGUCGAGUUUAAAAGUUCUUUAACGACGAUAUUAUCAAUUUCAAAUAGGCUUAAUAACAAAUCAUUUAUAUAACUUUAUGUGCGGAUGCGUGUGUCAUAAAAGAUCAUCAGAUUUGCAUCAAGAAAUAUGUGCACUCAAUCUUUCGCGGAAUAAUAACGCUCUCUUAGAGGCGUGCAACAUUUCCGCUGCAGAACUGAUGAAUAUUAAAUUUUGGCGAUUCAAAUCUAAUAAUCUAUAGACAUUUAUCACUAUGCUAAAUAAGUGGUUGACUAAAACUAUGAUCUUUUUUCCAGUUUGUAACAUGAAUAGAACCCGACUAACAUAGUUAUUUCACAUGUUAAAUUAGAACAAUACCCUGUUUCGUAUAAACGUAAGAUAGCAACAAACCCUUGAGUAUCACUUGUACACAUGUCUAUUCGUUCUAAGAAAUAAAAUUUAUCAAAAUCCUGAGAUUCUCUUAAGAUAUAACUUGCAUUAAACGGUCUCAUAAAACCACAUGCUUAGUUCUUCCUUAACACAAAUGGGAACUGGAAAAGAGGUCUCUUAAUGCAGGUGAUCCCUUUAAAGACAUGGUUUCCCGAGCAAGUUUGACUGUAUAUCACAAUUAAGAAAAUAAUGUACCAAUAUGCACCAAAAUCGGAUACAUCUAUUAAAAUUAAAACUAAUUGCAUUAGUUUAUACAACAUAGUAUACAUAUUAACAUAUUCUCAUAUUCAUAAUAACAAAAUUGUGGUUAUUAUGUUGGAAUUGUAGAGACAUUUGUUCAAACUUUCAAACUCUGGAUCAUUAGUAAACGAUUAGAAUUUAAUUGUAUCUUUGUUGUGCAAUCCCCACAGUGAGAACUUCACAUGUAUACUCAAAGCAAAUAAAUUAAGACUGCUAGUCAAAUUAAAACGUGAUAAGAAACCCCUUUUCAUAAUUCAACAAAUCAUAAAAAAUGUCUGCGCUUAAGGUUCAAUUAUAGAUGAUUGAUGAAACAAUUAGAAUGCUGAUUAAACAGAUUGACAUUUUAAAUUUUUAUUAUAUUUAUGACCUGUUUAUCAUGACCAGACCAUUUUUUCUGUAUACCUUGGGCAGACAUUUCACACUGACUGUAGAAGUAAAUACUAUAUCUUGACUUGUUGGGUUUUUUUUUGUACAGAUAUGUACAUUUUUCUGUAUAAUUUUAAAUUGGUCAGCUAUUAUGUUUCACCAGGUUUCACAUUUUUAAUAAUGUUAAACUAAAGUAAUUUUGUGUAUGGUCAUUAAGUUACCUUUUAGAUAGUUUUACAGUAUUUUUUAUAUUUAUUUAUUUGUUUUGUUGGGUUUAACGUCGCACCGACACAAUUAUAGGUAAUACGGUGACUUUCCAGCUUUGAUGUUGGAGGAAGCCCCGGAUUCCCCUCCCUGCAUUAUGUCAACACGAGCACGGCACCUUGGUAGAACCACCGACCUUCCGUAAGCCAGCUGGAUGGCGGUACUGUUACAGUAAUGGAUCUUGAAACAAUAUGUUCGUUUCAAAAUAUAAUACUAUAGUGUUCUUUUCGUGACAUUUUUGGUAUAAUCUUACUAGCCAAGCAAAUAUCUAAAUUAAGGUAUCCGAUCCAUAAAUAGAUAACCUUUUGCCUGGUGACCCCAUGUGUUUUGGUAUCAUUUGAAAGGGCUGUGUCAGCUGAACAAGAAUUAGUAAAUAAGAUGGCAACAAUAAUAUGCAUGAACCACUACAGUCAUGAGUUUGACUGCGUAAUGAUAGAUCUUACACUGUAAUUACUGGAUUUCUGUUCAAAUAUCAUUAAAAAAAUAAAGUAAAAGAAUAAAAAUUGUAUAAUAUAUUUUGCCAUGGAAUUCAUAUUUUCUUUUUCAGUAGGCAGAACACUUUCAAAUGAUACAAUAAUUAUAUUACCAGACAUCAAUAUUUGAUAUAUUUUAAUAGCACAGUUAUAUACAACUUGUUCUUUUGUGGAUCGGAUACCUUAAACAAUUUUCCCAAAUUGGAGAACUUAUUAAUAGUUCAAAUAUCCAUGUUUACAGACUUUCAAUAAUUACAUUUCAAAUACAAAGUCCCCAUAUUAAACGCAUUAUUCAUUAGUGUAUGAUUGUUAAACAUGUGUAUGUAUAAUCAAUUAGAAACUAUCAUACAUUGUGUAUCAUUUUAUUUAAUUUUUUACUCCUGAAACUUUAUAUGAUGCUUAUUUUUCUCAGUGAAGCAAGCUUCCAUGCUCAGCAUGUUCCUUUUUAAGCAUUGUUCUAUCCAAUAUAUGUAUGAAUGAUUAUUAAAGGAAUAUGCU